AAGGAAAGGUUGUUUUUUCACUAUGUCCGUGGUGCUCCGCUGCUCCAGCGGCUGUCUGCUCGACUCCCGGCCGCUCAUCGAGCGAGGCUGGCGGUCGGAGAACCGAAGGUCACACGCGAGGCGCACUUUCAGAAGGCGGUGUUUCCAGCUGGUCACACGCCGCUACGACCAGAGUGCUGCUGCCAGCGUGAGUGCUGGGAGCACGGAUGUGUCUGGCCAACCAGAAAAACCAGCAAAGAAAAGGAAGCGAAAACGCAGUGAACUCAACCAGGGGGAAAUCGACUCGCUGGCUCUUCAUGAGAAGGUCAGGUCUGUUAUUCUGGACGGAACUAAAGUCUUGGUGGAUUUGUCCCAGUCCUCCGGAUACCUGAACGGAGAGGCAGACUCAGAGAAUGAGCCUCUUCCCCUCCAGGAGUGCGGCCUUGCGGCUCUUUGUGAGAUGGCUAAAGAGCUUCCUCUAGUGGACGGCGAGGAGCAGGAGGAGUUCACUCAGUCACUCGUCGGGGAUGAAGGCUCCACUUCACAUGUCGACCUGUUCUCCCGGGUGACGGAGAACAAGGAAGACUGGGCUGCUGUGGUUUCACUCAUGGGAGAGGAGUAUGUCAUACCACCUCACUCAGCUUUCCUGCUGUCUGAUUUAACAAGAAUACAACCUCUAGUCCAGUAUGGAAAGACGUUUGAUCUCAUUGUCAUGGAUCCACCGUGGGAAAACAAGUCUGUGAAAAGGAGUCGCAGAUACAACUAUUUGCCAUCAUCCCAGCUGAAACGGCUCCCCAUACCCCAGCUGGCAUCUCCCAAUUGUUUGGUGGUAACCUGGGUGACUAACCGGCCCAGCCAUCUACGUUUUGUCUGCGAUGAGCUGUAUCCACACUGGGGCGUCCAAGUUGUUGCUAAAUGGUUCUGGAUCAAGGUCACCACAUCUGGACAGUUUGUGUUUCCACUGGAUUCACAGCACAAGAAGCCUUAUGAAACACUGGUGCUGGGUCGAUGUAAUUUGUCUGCCAAUACCUCAGCAAGCACUUCUGAGAUGCCAGAGCUUCCUGUGGAAGAUAACCGUCUGAUCGUCAGUGUCCCCUCGGCCCUGCACUCCCAAAAGCCCUCGCUGUCAGAGGUCCUGAGGCCAUACAUUGGACCCGAGGCAGAGUGUCUGGAGCUGUUCGCCAGGAAUCUUCAACCUGGGUGGACCAGCUGGGGCAACGAGGUGCUGAAAUUUCAGCACACAAGCUACUUCACAUUGACACCUGCAGACGACCAAGCAAACACCUCUAAAGAUGACUUCACUGACGAGCCUACAGACCCACAAGCGUCCAAUUUAUCUGAGACAACCUGACCUUCACAUCACUGUGAACCAUUGACUGAUGUCUACCACAAGCAGUUUUUUUACGUUGUUUUUAAAUAAAAAUAAAAAUUCCCCACCAAAAUACUGCUUUUACAGCUCCUUUUGAUCUAUAAUCUUCAUGCAUGUGGAACCUUUGAUUUCUUUUUUUUGGUUGGAGUACAUUUAAUUUUAAGAUAGAUAAAAACAAGUUUCAUCGAGAAGGAGAGAUGAAAGAGCAUUUUAGUGCAGCUGUUUUUAACCCACACAAGAGAC